AGAGUUCUUGAAAUGCCAUCGGAGGAGCUUGGUGAUUCAGCUUACAGAAAAGUUGAUAUUGAAACCUGGAUGCCAGGUGAUCAAAUGUACGGAGAGAUUUCUAGUUCAUCAAUUUGCCUUGAUUAUCAGUCGAAACGUCUAAAUAUUCGAUGGCAAACAUCUAGAGACCAAGAUGAAUUUGCUUACACUUUAAAUGGAACUGCUUGUGCAAUCCCACGUAUAAUGAAAGCUCUAAUAGAGACCCAUCAGACUCAGGAUAGGCAUAUUAUCAUUCCAGAUGUUUUAAAACCUUAUAUGAAAAUGGAAAAUAUUUACCCAGAAUUUCGAAUUAAACGUGCUGUUAAUGAAAAACCGUAGAAAAUAUUUACGAUGUACGAUAAUAAUACUUUUAUCGAAUUAUUUCUGUACAAAAUUAAUAAUUUAUGAAUGUACAUUAUUAUAGUUCAUUUGAAUUUAACAGGGUUUAUUUUUCUAAUCAUG